AUGCCUCGGACCGGACCGACCAAUGGACUGGACUCUCUAGUGACGGUGUUCACUGUGCAACGGAACUGCGGGUCGGCGAACGACCACGGGGCACCAGGGCACGGCUCCAUUUGGUACCGUCACAGUCGGCCGGUCACUGACCGACAGCUGCCACCGCCGUUGUCGCCGUCGUCUUCACUCACAGGCGAAGCUGUCGAACCCGAACCCGAACCACUGGGGCCAAGCUACCUCGAAGUCGCAAUGGCAGGCCGUCCCCGGCCGAGGGAUGCGCAGGCGACGUCGCCCCCUUGGUGGCAAUCUUCCGGCGAACCGAAGACGGCGGCAUUUCGCCCUUUAUAUGAGCAACUUUCGCUGGAUCGAAAAAUUUAUGGCAAUAAUUUGGCCGUGGUGCGCACCAAUGUUCUUCGUCCGGUGGAAAUUUAUGGCCCAUUUCCUGGUACAGCCCUCUGCAGCGAGGCGUUGCGACGCGGUCGUCGAUCCGUCGUAAAUCACCGCCCUCUAAUAACCGCCAUUCGCACUUCGAAACUGACCGAGCUGAACCGGCAGCAGCACCGACCACUCUUCCUCAUCCUCUGUUCGUCUUUGUACCUCGCCGCCUCCGCCGCCAAGGCUUGGUUGUCUUCCAGUCAUUCAACGACCGACGUCGUCGCACCUCGCCAAAAGACUGUGCAAAAGUACAAAGAAAAGACCAGCAGCAGCUUCAUCGUCGGUCCGAAACUUUAA